AUGGCACCAGUUAUAGUGAAAUUUGAGGAUAAGUAUACAAACCCUACUGCCCAGAAACCGACCAGCACUGAGAAAAAGUUGCGUAAAUCGGGUAAACCAAUAUCACUUGCAGAACUAAAACUGAAAAAGCAAGAAGCAAUUGAACAACAGCUAAAAUCUGCAAACACGGGUCCCAGCUCGGCAAAGGACAUGAAGGAUGAUAUUGAAUUGCAAAGAUUAUUAAGCGAAUCGCAUUUAUUGAAGAACCUAGCGGAUAGUCGCCGGAUUUCAAAGGGAGAGUCGGGUGCUGAGUUAACCUUGAAGACCUUGAACGAACCCUUGAUAGGCAAGGCUCGAGUUCGAACCCUUGAUUCAAGAAUAGAUCAGCUUGCAAGGAUCAAUGGUGAUGAAAGGAAGCUAGAGAAAUUGGAAAAGAUGCCAAUGAAUAUGAGAAAGGGGAUGAUAGAAGCACAGAAGCGCAGGAUUGAGAAAUAUGAGAAAGAGGCUAGGGAAAAUGGCAUUGUUCUGGCCAAAAACAGGAAGGGUGCCUUCAGACAACUUGAAAAUGACAGAUCCUUUAUUGCAAAGGAUAAGAUCAUUGGUAAGGGUAAUAUCCAGAAGAACAGAAUGAGAGAUAGAGGUUUGAAAAUUCAGUCUGUUGGUCGUAGUACACGAAACGGCUUAGUCUUGUCGUCUUCAGAUAUAUCCAAAAUCCAAGGUCGACAGGGGAACGAUAGACGCAAGAGACGCUAA